AGCUGGCACCUAGUAGCCCAAUAAUCUUCCUUCUGGGCGGGACUUAACAAGGACUCAGGACCAAUCAGUGGUGGCGUUGCUUUUGAGACUCCACGUCGGCACCAGCUGCGGGGCAAGAUGGAGGCACUGAUUUUGGAACCCUCCCUGUACACUGUCAAAGCCAUCCUGAUUCUGGACAAUGAUGGAGAUCGACUUUUCGCCAAGUACUAUGACGACACUUACCCAAGUGUCAAGGAGCAAAAGGCCUUUGAGAAAAACAUUUUCAACAAGACUCAUCGAACUGAUAGUGAAAUCGCCCUCUUGGAAGGCCUGACAGUGGUAUACAAAAGCAGUAUUGAUCUCUAUUUCUAUGUGAUCGGCAGCUCCUAUGAAAAUGAGCUGAUGCUCAUGGCUGUUCUGAACUGCCUCUUCGACUCAUUGAGCCAGAUGCUGAGGAAAAAUGUAGAAAAGCGAGCUCUGCUGGAGAACAUGGAGGGACUCUUCUUGGCUGUGGACGAAAUUGUAGAUGGAGGGGUGAUCCUCGAGAGUGAUCCCCAGCAAGUGGUACACCGGGUGGCACUAAGGGGUGAAGAUGUCCCCCUUACGGAGCAGACUGUGUCUCAGGUGCUGCAGUCAGCCAAAGAACAGAUCAAGUGGUCACUCCUUCGGUGAAGACCCCACUGUUCCUGACUCCUCACCCCCUCCAGAAUCCAUAUGUCUGCUGUGACUUCUCAUCCAGUCCCCCAACUGAUGCUCUCAGGGUCAUCUUGGGGAUCACACACGGGAUCCUUAAAUUUCCAUCCUAUCUGGGGUUGCCCCACGCUUCCCAUUCCACCUCUUUUUCUUUCUUUCUUGAGUUCUAGGAGUAAAGCUCCUGGCAGAUUUAGAUGCAGGAGAGGGGAAACACCCUCUUCAUUCCUACACUGCAUUAUGUUCCUGUGCUCUCCUGUCCCCCACAGUUGCUUCUCAGCCCUAAGCCCUUUACUGCAGCUACACUUGAGAUCAAAGCCAGAGAAAGAAUGUGCUGAGUGUUUCCGCCCCUUGCCUUUACCCAGCCUUCAUCCCAACAGCCCAUACAUCCAGCAAGGGGAGGGAGAGAGAAUUAUCUGUAGGAAGAGUGGGGGUGGGGAGAGGUAUGACUAGCCCCAGACAGCCCCACUGGUUGGCCUCAGCAUUUAUGUCCCGUCUGCCAGCACUGGAAAGAAGAUUGGGGGCAGGCAGCACCUGUGCAGGAGACAGAGUGGAGGAAGCAGUGUUUUAAACUUUAUUGCACAGGGCUUAUAAAAGUCUGUAUUUCAGCCACAGAUAACAUUCUCUACCCUGAUCCUGGUAUUUUGCUUCAGAACUGUAGCCUGUGAGUUCAUUGUGGGGAAGUGCAGCUCUGGACCUGAUAACCUUAACUCUCCACUGUCCUGUCCCUACGCAUAGGGAUCUUUGCCUGGCAUGUCCUCCCUGUGCUCUGGAGCAAAGCCAGUCCCUGAACUGAAACUCCUUGCUAAUCUUGGGAAGAAGUUUCUGCUCAGACCUGGGGAGGGGGCGGGAUUUAUGACUUGGGCCUCUGGGCUCUCUCAGUCCCCUUGGCUCCCCCACACCCAUUUCCCUCCUUUGUGUCGGCUCGCAAUCUCUUGCUGCUUAACCCUGUCUUCUCUGCCUCUGCCUUCCAAUCUGACAGUAGGCCUGGGCUCUUCCUCUCCCCAGGGUUCAGAGUGAGUGAGUGAGAGAGAAAGAGAGAGUGAGAGUGCUGACUUUCUUCAGAAAAUCUUUGGGAUUUGGAUUUCCUCAGGAAGGUGGAGGAUUUGGCAACUCUCAGGUCUGAUCUUUCCCCUUGACCUAACUAAACCUUUCCACAAAAUGUCUCAAAACUGAACAAAACACCUUCCUGAGACUUAAAACAUUCUGUCCCACCCUCCAACUGCCAAUUCUUCAAGACUGAGGUGGGGUGGGUAACUGGACACAUUCAAGGGGCAUCUUUUGUGUCAGCUACGGAAUCAGGAGAUGCCACCUUCAUGUACUGCUCUGUGCAAAGACGAAUAAACCAGAUUUCUUUUUCCAAA